CACGUUUUCCGGUUUCAUUCAACAUGGCACUGGAGUAGCCUUUGAGAGUAGCUCUAUUGGGGCUUGUGGUCUUUAAAUUCGUUUUAAUAGAUACCAUACUUUAUUAAAAUACAUAAUAUAAUUCAUUUCAACAACUUCUAAUAAGCUUAAUCUUAACCAACAGACAAAAUGAAUAUUCGAAAUGCAAGGCCAGAGGACCUCAUGAACAUGCAGCAUUGCAACCUGCUAUGUCUUCCAGAGAACUACCAGAUGAAAUACUACUUCUAUCAUGGGUUGUCCUGGCCUCAGCUCUCCUACAUAGCAGAAGAUGAAAAUGGGAAAAUAGUUGGAUAUGUCCUAGCAAAAAUGGAGGAAGAUCCUGAUGAUGUACCACACGGGCACAUCACAUCUCUAGCAGUCAAGCGUUCCCACAGGCGUUUGGGUCUGGCUCAGAAACUCAUGGACCAGGCCAGCCGGGCCAUGAUUGAGAACUUCAAUGCCAAAUAUGUCUCUCUGCACGUGAGAAAGAGCAACCGUGCUGCAUUGCACCUGUACUCCAACACCCUCAAGUUCCAGAUAAGUGAAGUGGAGCCGAAGUACUAUGCUGAUGGGGAGGAUGCCUAUGCCAUGAAGAGAAACCUCACUCAGUUGGCUGAUGAGGUUUGUGUCCUGCCAAAACCAGGGAAGCCUGGUGUACGUCUGUGGGGCUCAGAGGUGCCCCCCUCCCAAGACACCCCCCUCGUGGCCCUGACGGAGAAGCUCAGCGUGCAGGACGGAGAAAAGGAGGCCGAGGGCGACAGCGGAGGAGAGAGCAAAGAGAUGAGCGAGGUUAGCGAGGCCACGGAAAGCACAGACGUCAAAGACUCCUCUUCCUCGGACUCGUAACGGGAUGUGCUGACCCAUCUGUGCGCUGGUUUAGGUCAUCGGUUUCAGCGUCAUCUGGUUGAGCCCACACACGCGCGCACACACACACACGCUCAUCAGGAUGUCCUCAGUUUUGAUCGCUCAUGCAACCAUCACUCACCGCUGGCAAAGGUCAUUCAGAAUACACAUCUUAUAAGCUACCUUUUAUGGAAUGCUAAUGUUUUCAGCAAGCGCCAGUUUUGUCAAUAAAUCGGGAAUUGGUUGUGAA